UUUAAACCAACCCUGCACCUCUUCAACAACUCAUUGCUGGCAGUGCAGGAGGAUGACACAGACCUCACAAAAAGCAUAAAAAAGAAGAUACUAGACUAUCUCAAUGAUAAAUAUGAUGACGCAGCGACACAAGAGCUGCUUGACAUGGCCUCUGCCCUGGACCCGAGAUUCAAGCUCAAAUAUGUCAGUGAGGACAAUCGAGGAUCCAUUGAAGCCAGCCUGACAACUGAGAUGAGGAGGGUGAUGACACUCAUGGAGAACGCCCCUCUUGAGACGGCAGCGGUGCCUGCAGAUGACACGGAGGAUGCUGCUGCAGCUGCACCAAAGAAGAAAAAGAAGGGACUGGGGAGCUUCUUCAAGGCCACCGUAGACCAAGCUGCAGAACCUCAACCUGCUCUGGAAAAGGACAAGGCCAUAGCUCUUGAGCUACAGUCCUACCUCCAGGCAGUGCCACUGGAUGCUGAGGAGGACCCACUAAAGUGGUGGAGGGAAUCCCGGAAGUUCUACCCACGGCUCUCCAUCCUGGCAAGGAAGUAUCUGUGCAUCCCAGCCACAAGUUCCUCUUCAGAGAGGGUCUUCAGUACAGGUGGCAAUAUUGUCACCUGCCUGCGCUCGUCUCUGAAACCAGACCAUGUAAACAGGCUGGUUUUUCUUGCAAAAAAUCUUUAAGAGAUGACAUGAGCAGCCCUACCAGCAUUUGCCAUGGUGGCCAUGUUGGCUAUAUGUUAAGGAGUUGUCAGUAGGUUGUGACAGUGCACUGCAACAUAUUUGAUUUAAUUUAUUUUGGUCUAAUUUAUUUUUAUUUAUCAUAUUAAUAUAUGUUUAGUAUGGUUUUGGAAGUGCGCUCCAUUAUGUGU